UUUGUGUGUGUGUGUGUCCAUGCAGCUUGCACCUUCUCUUCCUUUACAAGAAGAUUUUGUUUAUCACUGGAAGGCAAUUACCCAUUACUACAUAGAGACUUCGGACGAUAAAGCCCCAGUGACAGAUACAAACAUCCCUUCUCAUCUGGACCAGAUGUUUGGCAUUUUGCUGCAAGAAGAACGUGAGCGAGAAUUCGGAGUGACAGGGCCGUGCAUGGAGUAUCUGCUUCAUCACAAGAUCUUGGAGACGUUAUACACCUUAGGGAAAGCUGACUGUCCUCCAGGGAUGAAACAGCAGGUUUUGGUAUUCUACACGAAGCUCCUGGGGCGAAUCCAGCAGCCUUUACUUCCCCACAUCAAUGUACACAGGCCGGUGCAGAAAUUAAUUCGACUCUGUGGUGAAGUCCUUGCAACACCAACAGAAAAUGAAGAAAUCCAGUUUCUCUGUAUCGUGUGUGCAAAGCUGAAACAAAAUCCCUACUUGGUUAAUUUUUUUCUGGAGAAUAAGUUGAAAUCAUUGGCCUCCAAAGGAACGCCCGAUGUAAUUUCAGAAGACACAUCGAAAGGUCAAGAUGCCUUGUCAACAGACACGGGACAGCUGUGUCGGCCUGAGGACCUGUCCGGCGCCUCGGGGCUGGAGCACGCAGAGUUAGAGGAUGAGCCCCCUCACCAGAUGGAUGACCUGUCCACGGGCUUGGAUAAUCUCACCGUCGCCUCCCUACCAGAGGCCGCCGUCGCCCGUCCCACCCAGGAUUACAACCUAGUGAAUUCCUUGUUGAAUCUUACCAGAAGUCCUGACGGCCGCAUAGCCGUGAAAGCCUGCGAGGGCUUGAUGCUGCUGGUGAGUCUGCCGGAGCCCGCGGCCGCCAAGUGCCUCACGCAGAGCACCUGCCUGUGCGAGCUGCUGACGGACAGGCUCGCCUCGCUGUACAGGGCCCUGCCUCCGUCCGUGGAUCCCUUAGACAUCGAGACCGUGGAAGCGAUUAACUGGGGCUUGGACUCGUACAGUCAUAAAGAAGAUGCUUCAGCGUUUCCAGGAAAACGAGCCUUAAUUUCAUUUCUUUCCUGGUUUGAUUAUUGUGAUCAACUCAUAAAGGAAGCACAAAAGACCGCUGCUGUUGCUCUUGCCAAAGCUGUUCACGAAAGGUUUUUUAUUGGCGUUAUGGAACCUCAGUUGAUGCAAACUUCUGAGAUGGGUAUUCUGACAUCAACCGCCCUGCUCCAUCGCAUUGUUCGGCAAGUAACCUCUGACGUUUUGCUUCAAGAAAUGGUGUUUUUUAUCCUUGGAGAACAGAGGGAACCAGAAACUCUGGCAGAAAUUAGCAGACACCCUUUAAGACAUAGGUUAAUAGAACAUUGUGAUCACAUAUCCGAUGAGAUAAGCAUCAUGACAUUAAGAAUGUUUGAACAUCUCUUACAAAAACCCAAUGAGCACAUUCUUUACAACCUGGUCCUAAGAAAUCUAGAAGAAAGAAAUUAUACCGAGUACAAGCCCGUGUGUCCAGAAGAUAAAGAUGUGGUAGAGAACGGAUUGAUAGCGGGAGCCGUCGAUCUCGAGGAAGACCCAUUAUUUACUGACAUUUCACCGGAUAACACUCUGUCAAAUCAAGACUGGCUUAGUUCUUCGCCUCCUGCUACUCCAGACCACCCUAAAAACGACGGGAAAACCGAAGUCCAUAAAAUUGUAAAUAGUUUUCUGUGUCUGGUACCCGAUGAAGCAAAAUCGUCCUACCACGUCGAAGGCACCGGGUAUGACACCUACCUCCGCGAUGCUCACAGACAGUUCCGGGACUACUGCGCUAUCUGCCUGCGGUGGGAGUGGCCUAGCUCUCCGAAAGCCUUGGAAAAGUGCAAUUUAGAAGCUACUUUCUUUGAAGGUCAUUUUUUGAAAGUUUUAUUUGACAGAAUGGGAAGAAUUCUCGAUCAGCCGUAUGAUGUAAAUCUACAAGUCACCUCGGUGUUAUCUCGACUUUCUCUCUUCCCUCAUCCCCACGUACACGAGUACCUCUUGGAUCCGUACGUGAACCUUGCUUCUGGCUGUAGAUCCCUCUUCUCCGUAAUCGUCAGGGUUGUUGGAGACCUCAUGGUUCGAAUCCAGCGUAUUCAAGACUUUACUCCCAAGCUUCUAUUAGUCAGAAAGCGACUGCUUGGCUUGGAACCCGAAGGCCCGAUCGUUGACCACAUCACGCUGCUGGAGGGCGUGAUCGUGCUGGAGGAGUUCUGUAAGGAGCUGGCCGCCAUCGCCUUUGUGAAGUACCACGCCGCCUCCACGCCAUGAACAGCAUCCUCCGGAGACCAGAGGGAGCAGAAGUGUGGUUCACGGUUCAUGAAGAAAAGACUCAGCUUCACCCAGCCGAGAGGAUAAAAAGCCUUCUUAAAUGAAGUACUGCUGUAAACUGCACAGAACCGUUAGGAACCCGCGGAGAGGACGUUCUCAGCAAACCCUUGUGUGAGGUUUGCAUCGGCCUCACCGGCAUGGCCCUCUCGAGAAGACUGCGCGUCCUGGAAUCCCGGAUCCAAUCAAAGGAGCUUCAGGAAAUAAGCAUUUCUAAUGCCUGUGUGAAAAGCUGCAAAAUUUCUGAUGUCAUGACUUUGAUGAUACUUCUGUUAUUUUAAUAUCCUUUUAGGUAGCAAGGCAUUUUGACAUUCUCUGGGACUCAAAUGCUUCUAUUCUUUUGGAUUAAUAAGUAGCAAAAAGAAAAACACCUAAUUUUAUAAAUUUUUAAGGUCAGAAUUCUUAUCAAACAAAAUAUGAAAAAAAAACCAUAGAUGAGAAAAAAAUACAAUUCAGGAACCAUCAAAUGAGUUAACAAUAGGAGCUAAAAAUGCAUAGAGCACCAUUAACUUUCCUCAGCUUUUCUAAGAAUAACAAUUUAAUAUGAUAAAGAAAUUCUUGAUUAAUAUAUAUAUAUAUUUUUUAAAGAAACGUUCUUUUACUCUUUUGUGCACAUAGCCAUGUUUGUGAUUGAUUUUCACAUAUGGGUCCCAGUAUAUUUAAACUGUGUCAUUUUUGCAACAAUGUUGAAUUUGUGCUCACCAUUGGUAAUGUUUGCUAAAAUAGUAUUUUUUAAGCUAAUUCACAUAUAUUGGGUUGAGAACCUUUUUUUUUUCCUUCUAUCUAUCCCUCCCUGAAAGUUGCUUUAUAAAAUUGCUUUGUGAUUUGAUUUCUUAUUGAAACACAUAGGUGGGAACUGACUGGUAACUCUUAGGCAACAAUCAAAAUGCCAAUGGCCUCCUCAGUGUUUACAGUUUUUUGGGGUUUUUUUUCCAUUUUGUUCAGUCUUUGAGUCUAAAUAGAUUUAAAAAGAAAACCCGUCUGUCCUGUUUACACGUUAGAGAAUUUGGGGAAAUGGGUAUCUAUGAAGGACCGCGUGGUAGUUCAGUGAGGCUGCGCUGGGCACGGUAGGCUUAUACUUGAUUUACAAGAUGGUGUUUGCUGAUCCACUUUCUAGUCCUCUUUUAAGUGAUGUUUAUCAGUCAAAUACUGCUUUUAAUUUCCUCUUCCUCCGCUCCACCUCCUCUUGAAAUGUUAAGCAGCAGCACUUUGCUCUUUGUGUCUUUCCAUUUGUUGAUAUUUUGAGGAAGCAAACUUUCCAGCCUGGGAGGGACUGUCCCCGCCCCCUGUAACAAGUUGUUUUCUGUAGCUUGUUUGCAUAUAUACGUCACAUUUGCAUAUAUACAUCACGUGGCAUGUGCCUACAAACAUGUUUUACCCGCCUACUACUAAUUUUGUUGUCUUUGUUUUUCUGAUUCAUUUCCUAGUUAGUUUUGGCUAUUUGUUAAGAGCACAAUAUCAAAAGAUGAUAAAUAUUCCUGGCUCUAAGAUGCUUCCCCCUGUUAAAAUGAGAAGACGACAUUUCUAAUUUGGAGCAGAUCUUUGCUAGCUCAGCCUAAUAAGCACAUUUGUUAAGCAAAAGAAGGAAAAACAAGAGUGAGAGAUAGUUACUUUGUGCAUGAUUUUCUUCAAGUGAUUUUUAAUGAUGGGAAAGCAUUGUUUAGUUCCCUGUAUUUAUUGAUCAGCCCACGCAAAGGAACAUGGCAACAGCUGCGUUUUUAGACACAGUUGUGGUCUCCUUUGAUGUCGGUUUAUUUAAAAUAAGGCAUGAAGGGAUAUUAGAUAUUUCUUGAUGUCUUCCUAGUGUUGAGUGGGUAUGAUAGUGAUGCUAUUACCUUUCAAGCCAAAUACUACUUUAUCCUUGAGUUUACGACGGGACCUUAUCGCGAAUACGUGACCCCAAGCUCAGAAAAGCUUUAACCCUUACAUUUUUGUGUGUGUAUAUGCUGCUCCUUAAAACAUAAUUAUUUCCCUAAGUUAUUGUAAUGAUUUUGAUCUGUGUAGUCAGCUAAAGCUUCAGGUGGAAGUUGUUUCUCCCCUAAGUUUCUUUUCUUUCUUUCUUCUUGGUAUUUAGUUCAGACAGACCUAGAGCCAGCCAGUUCACAGGGAGUCGGAUCUAUCAGUGAAGCCAUGUGCUACAUUCCCAGUUUUUUUCAUACUGUCUCGUGGAAGCUGACUCUUUCUGUUACUCAGCGCUUGCAAACCAGUGACUCAGACGCACUGUGUUAUGUGGAAAGUACCACCUUCACGACCGGUCGCCCCGGCGGGUUCCAAGCCAGACCUCAGCCUUGCUUCACAUCAGCAGAAAUGGGUGUGCACAUUUUCUUUUAACCUUCUGACAGGAUCAUCUUUGAUUUUAUUUUUAGUCAUGAGCCACAUUCUUUACUUGAUAGAACUCAGAUUUGUUUUUAGCCAACUAUCACUGUAGUGCUCCCGUUCUGACUCUGUAACGUUCUCAUAAUGUACGUUUCUGUGCAAUAUGGAAGGUGUGAGAGGGUUCAUAGCUCAUUGGUUUAACUGUACAUAAUGUGUGUGUACAUGUGUACAUGUAUAUAUGUGUGUGUGUGUAUAUAUAUAUAUAUAUGUAUAUAUAUAUAAGGACCAAAAUCCUUAGCUUGCUUACACUGUUGCUAGUGUAAAGAUUGUUACACUUAAUUUUACAGGGCACAAGUUAUGGAAUUACUUUGUAAUUCAUGGUGACAUAUUUCCAUAAAUUAGUGCAUUAAUAUACAAUUGCCUUUAAUUACGACGUUCGCAGGCAUUGACAGAAGUUACAGUGAAGUGCUAAAACCACAAGUUAUAUGGUAGUUAUAUUUGGGGUUGUACAACUAAUCAAAGUAUGCAUGUCACUGAGAUACUUGAUGUGUUACAACAUGAUAGAUAAUCAUAUUUCUGGGCCCUGUAAAAUAGUGUUGCUCUACUACUCUGUUUGGCCUCCUGCCUUGUUUACAUUAAACAAAGGAUAUUUGGUAAAUUUUUCUAUCACACAUUGUGUAGGUUACUGACAGUGUUACCACGGCCUGGAAUUCUUGGGCCGUCUGCGAAGAAAAAGACUUCAGAUGGUGAUUGUGGACCUACUAUCUCUUCAAAAGGAGGUUGUGAUCAAGUUCGACUUUUUGUGCUCAUGAUGCAUGCAGGACUAAGAGAGAUCAUCUAAAAAUAAAUAAUGUAAUUUAAGCAAAGUGUCA